UUCUCCGUCUAUAUAAGUUAAUUGUGCGCAUUAUUGUUACUCACUACAUCUUGUCUACUCGUUACAAUAGAUCCUGCUUGCGGAAACAAUGAAAAUAAUUUUUACUCUUCUGACUUUGGGAAUUAUUUCUAUAUAUUUUAAUACCGUGUCAGAAGCUCGAAAUCCUAAAUGUGGUCCUUGUACUGAAGAAUGCCCUUCAACUGAAAAUUGCAAAUGUGGUGUCCACAGAGAUGCAUGCGAUUGUUGCGAUAUCUGUACCCCUUGCAAUUCAAUAGCUCCAUUUUGUGGAAAAUGUGAACCUGAAAAUUGUCAGAACCUCGAUGGCCAAUGUCAGUGUGAUGUAGGUAAAGAUUCGUGUAAAUGCUGCGACGUUUGUAUGAACUGCCCAUAUCAAUAUUGCAAUCUGGAAGUUCCUAAUCAGUGCAGGAAUGGUACCAUCUGCAAACCACCUGUCGAUCUCCCACUGGAAAUUGCUUUGAUGGAUCACGUAUUAGGACAAUGCAUACAUGAAUAUGAAUCUUAAAGUUACCUAUUGAUGGAAUAAAAAUUCUGUAAUAAAUACUUUAUAAUUGAA